AUGUCGCUGGACUUCACCCCUCCGCCAGGAAUUGACCUGUCUGAAUCAAGACAACCACAGCUGUAUGCUGCCUUUAUCUCCACAUUCUGCCUGUCAGUCGUUGCUGUUGGCCUUCGUCUGAUUUGCAGGCUUGGCCACCUGCGGCCGGGACUCUGGUGGGAUGACUACAUGAUAUGUGCUUCCUUGCAUAUAUAUCCGUAUGGACUGAAAGGAUUCGGAGAUUUCUUCCUUAACCUCUUCGUUAUUGAAAUUCUCUAUACUCUGUCUAUAUGCUUUACGAAAUACUCUAUCCUUCUAUUCUACUGGCGGAUUUUCAAUGCUACUAGCAUUCGUAUCCCAAUAUAUCUUAUCACCGCUCUGGUAACCGGAUGGGGUAUCGGUGUGCUAACAGAACAAAUACAGAUUGGUACAACCAUUUUCCAAUGCCUGCCAAUCCAAGGCUUCUGGGACAAGACAAUUCCAGCAGUUUGUGGAGUUGAUGUGAACAGCUUCUUUAUAGGCAAUGCGGUACCAAAUAUUGUGACCGAUUGGGCUUUGCUGCUCUUACCUCUUCCAUAUAUUUGGCGUUUACACAGAAACACUGUCCAGAAGCUUGCAAUCUAUGCAACUUUCCUACUUGGUGGAUUUAUAUGCAUCAUAUCAAUUAUCCGACUUACUAUCAUGCUGGAUGCCUACAAAGUGCCUUCGAUCGACGUUACAUGGGUGUUCAUUGGUCCAUCCACUUGGACUGCUGUCGAGACGAACAUCGGAGUGGUGUCAGCAUGUCUACCCUCUCUCCGCCCACUUCUACGACACUUUGGUGGUUCAACCGAACCCAAACCUUCAUAUAACAAUCGCGAAGGAGCAGGCUUCAGCGGUGGUAGCGGAUAUUCCUACGGUUCUGCGUGGGCAAAAAAAAGCCCGUACCAUCGUAACGGAACAGACAACACUACUACGACCGAAGGGUAUUCCUCUGACCAGAACUUGACGGAGAUCAACGUUCGUACGUCCGUGGAUGUUCGAGGAGAGGAGAUAAUGAGCGGUAAUGCAGGAUAUAAUCUUACAGCAUACAAUAAUGCCCGACCAUGA